GGUGUGUGCAUUGAAAGAGAAAGACAGAGCGAGAGAGAGAGAGACUUGCAGGCGACUUGUUUACUGAGGAUAUUAGAUUUCUCUAUUCAUCGUCGUUAGUUCUUUCUCCUCUCUUCCAGCUCUCAGAGGACGUCUGAUGUGCUGUCAAUCCCCGUUGUAGCCUCUCACUCUCGUUUUGUCUGGCCGUGGACACCGACUGGACAGCCGUGAUCUGUUCGAAACGGGGCCGGUACAUUACCACACCUUUAUUGUGCGUUGAAGCCACUGUCUGAAUAGCGAAGGCACUACCCGCGAACCGAAUAAUUCCUGAAUGGUUCAGUUGGGACUGUUUUUUACGAGUAUUUUCGUUCGUAUUUUUAUGUUCGGCAUUUUUCUCCAGAAUAAGUCUGUUUUAGAAGAUCAAGACAAGUGAAUGGCUAUACCAAUAUCAGUGGUACUGUAAACCAAGUCAUAGCCCAGAGGAGACCCUAACAUCAUUCGAUUGUGGCUUUCUUGGACCUUACUUUUUGUGAGUAGAUUGUGGGAUAAUAUUUUUUUUUUCUCCCACGGAUCUUUGGAUUAGCAGAACUGUUGAAUUGAUACAGGCUAAUACACGUAAUACUCACCGAGAAGAAAGAUGGGGAAGAGUGUCUAGUAUCGCCAGGAGAGGAAUGCCCCAGACUGUGUGCCCAGCAGCAGGCACCAUGUUCACCCCCAGUGGCUUCAGCCCCCACCUGGCCUCCACCUGCUCUGAGGCUGACCCGGUGAUUGAGGAUGAAGGGGGCCCUCAAGAGGCCCGGGGGCCUGGGGCUUGCCUGGCCGAAGGACCCCCAAUCACCUCCGCCUCCCUGGACACUCUCAUCCAGCACCUUGUGCCCACCACAGACUACUACCCAGAGAAAGCCUAUGUGUUUACGUUCCUGCUGAGUGCUCGUCUGUUCAUCUCUCCACCUGAGCUACUAGCCAGACUCUGUGAGACCUGCAUCAAACAACAGCAGCUGGACCAGAGUCCACUGGACAUGGCUAAAGUGAGGAAGUUUGGUCCCAAGAUCCUGCAGCUGCUAACAGAGUGGACAGAGACGUUCCCCACAGACUUCAGAGAGGAGAAGAUGGUGGGCCUGUUCAAAGACAUUAUCCACAGGAUAGCACCCUGUGAUGAGGCGUACUGGAAGACACUGAGUCAGGUCCUGCAGACCCUGAACCAGAAGCUUGCAGCCAUCGCCCAGGGAGAGGAGUGCAUCGUCAAAGUGAAUGCCUCCUCGGUAUCCUCAAUCUCUGACAAGCUGGUGGCCUUCAAGACCAAGUCUCCACCCAUUCAGAAGGAAAUGCUGUCUAUCUGCAACGACCCUUACACACUUGCACAGCAACUCACCUAUAUAGAACUGGAACACCUGAGUCACAUCGGCCCUGAAGAGUUUGUACAAGCCUUUGUUCAGAAAGACAAACUGGAUAGCACUCAGCCGUGUUUCAGUGAGCAGAAGAAGAAGACCACUAACUUGGAGGCUUAUGUCAGGUGGUUCAACAGGCUGUGCUACCUGGUGGCCACUGAGAUCUGCAUGCCUGCUAAGAAGAAGCAGAGGGCCCAGGUGAUUGAAUUCUUCAUCGAUGUGGCCAGAGAGUGCUUCAACAUCGGCAACUUCAACUCCCUCAUGGCCAUCAUCUCUGGUAUGAAUAUGAGUCCUGUGUCUCGGCUGAAGAAGACCUGGGGGAAAGCCAAGACUGCCAAGUUCUUCAUUCUGGAGCAUCAGAUGGACCCUACUGGAAACUUCUACAACUACAGAACAGCACUGAGGGGAGCUGCCCACAGGUCCCAGACUGCUAAUAGCAACAGGGAGAAGAUUGUGAUUCCCUUCUUCAGCCUACUGAUCAAAGAUAUCUACUUCCUGAAUGAGGGAUGUGCCAACCGCUUGCCCAAUGGCCAUGUUCAUUUUGCGAAAUUUGUGGAGUUGGCUCGUCAGGUGGGCGAGUUUAUGACGUGGAAACAGAUGGAGUGUCCAUUUGAGACAGACAGGAGCAUCCUACACUACCUCCACACUGCUCCCAUCUUCAGUGAGGAUGGACUCUAUCUGGCAUCCUAUGAGAGUGAGAGUCCAGAGAACCAGGUGGAGAAGGACAGAUGGAAAGCACUCAGAUCUAAUAUUCUGGGGAAGACAAAAGAGUUAAAAGAGCUAAGAGAGCACCAUGGCAGCUAACCCUCAGGCCAGCCCAGCGAGGGAGGGAGUCGGUGUACUGCACUACAACAAACUGUGAAGGAGCCUAGCUGGUACUUAGGUGUUUUUCUACACAUGAAGAAUAGAAAUGAGGAAACAAUCAUGAUGAACAGGAUUCAUCACCAACAUGACCAGUAAAAACAAGAAAAGAAGAACAAACGUCAACAAGCGGUGAAAAGUGAAGCUAUCAUGGACACUGACUGGAGUAUAAAGGCCAUGGUUUGACUAUUGUACAUUGGCUACAUUGGGUACUGUAUGUUAGUGAGGGAUAGAUCUAUCCCUCCAUCUUGUUGCAUAUUUACUCUUUGGGCUCAUGUUUGCUACCAGAGUGUUCAGUUACAGUGACAGGGAAAUCUACUGCUUUUUUAAAUGAAAUUCCUACUGAAAUUGUUGUUAUAUUAUCGUAUUUCUCUAUCCUUUCUUUCACUCCCCCACUUCCUCACUCCCCUUCUCUCUCACACCUACACCUUAUUUUUGUCGUGAAAGUUUUCUAUUGUACUGUAAGAAUCUGGUAAAAGUAAGAGUUACUAUGAUGUGAAGGGCACUGGCUUGCCCACUUACUGGCUUGCCCACUUACUGGCUUGCCCACUUACUGGCUUGCCCACUUACUGGCUUGCCCACUUACUGGCUUGCCCACUUACUGGCUUGCCCACUUACUGGCUUGCCCACUUACUGGCUUGCCCACUUACUGGCUUGCCCACUUACUGGCUUGCCCACUUACUGGCUUGCCCACUUGUGUUUGGUCCUCGAAAGUCUACUAAUGAUGACUACUAUUGAGUACUUGCAUUGACUGGAGAAGCCUACAGCAUUAUAUCAUUCCACAUACAGUACAUAAAUACAUAGACUAUAUAGUGUGUGUCUGCAGGGCUGGCUCCAGGCAUAAGCGGAUGCUUAGGGCACGCGGUCGCUAGGGGGCCCCUGGCCAAAACAUUUUGAUAAUUUUUUUGGAACUCCAUCGGGGUCUCAACUUUCUAUUGGGAGUUAAACUAGUAUAAUACACCAGGUGUGAUUUAGAAAUGUGGUUGUGCAUCAACAGUGUUUCUCUUGUUAUGUCAGUCACUCAAUUACCUAACAAUUAGCCAUCCAAAAGUUUUGAUUGGUAGUAAGUCUAGCCAGCUAUCUAAACUUGUAAUAAUCAUGGCUGAAUAAUGACCGGGCAUGUGCCCAGAGGCCCUGAUCUCCAGGGGACCUCCACUGAUUUUGUUAGUCAUUAUCACUCAGAUAUCAUAUUAACAUGUCAUAAGUCAUGGCAAAAUAUGUAGAAUUGCAGGAAAUUUGCUUUAAAACUGCUAACCUUUCUCUCCACCACAUUGGAAAAUGGGUAGAAUUGCAUGAAAUUAGGUGUAAGACUGUAAAUGUUUUCACUGCGCCAUACUCAAAAUGAGUAUAAUUGCAUUAAAUGUGUUGUAAAAUUGCACAAUUUUCUCUCCGCCCCAUGGUAAAAUGUGUAUAAUUGCAGGAAAUUAAAUUCAAAGCAGACAUUUUCUCUCUGCCAUCAAGAGGGGAGCCACUAAAAUGUUUUGCCUCUCUCUUAGGGCCCCCAAAAGGCUAGAUUCAGUUGUGUGUGUGUGUGCGCGCGUAUGCGUGUGUAUAAUUCCCUCAUAUCAUUACAUUUGGAUGAGUUGUCAACUAUUGUGAAAUCAACAAAAAAUGUCACCAUGUCAUUGGAUUUAGGUUAAAGGUCAGGAGAAAAAAAUACGAAAUGCCCUAACGUUGAUUAAAUCCAAUGAGUUUUCCACGUUGAUUCAACAUCAUCACAUAGAUUUUUUUUUGAUUGAAAUGCUGUGGAAGCAACGUUGAUUCAACCAUUUUUUGCACAGUGGGCAGGGUAUUCUCAUCGCCAUGUAUUAAUCUACUGUACCUGUACAUUUUAGGAUUGGGGGUUUGGGAUAUCAGUGUUGUUUACUCCUAUGUGAAAAUGAAUUGUGCCAUGAAAACGACAGCAAAACAAUCAAUCAUGUCCAGAGCCAGGCCUGUGUAUAGAUUGUGUAUAUAUGACUACUUUUCCCAUGUAGCCCCUGACAUCUUUCUGCUCUCCAGGAAGUAGUCUCUCUCUGACUGAUGUUCAGUUGUCUGAUAUUUAUGGAGAUUUCUGUAAUGACAGAUGUAUUUGGUUUUGUUUUGUUAUUAUUUUAUUGUAUUCCUCUAUUGAAAACAAAGUCUUCUAAAUGGCAUGCUAAAGACAGUGUUUUAAAGGGGCAUUAUAUGUAGGGUUCCACCAAUGAAAUACUGGAGGGAUUAUAGACCACUUUGGAAUAUGAGCUAUGUGAUUCCAUGUUGUUAAGAGACAGUUCUGAUUCAUUUUCAUAUGAUUGAUGUUCAAGUGAUGCAUUUAUAGCCCUUUCCUUCUUUAAACAACAAUCUCUCGCUCACUCCUCUCUCUCUCUCUCUCUCUCUCUCUCUCUCUCUCUCUCUCUCUCUCUCUCUCAGUUUUGAAAUAGUCAUUUAACUCUUCCCCUACCCAGUUUCCUACACCCAUGUCAUGCCACACUGUGUGCUGUCCUGUAGGAUCAGGAGUUAUCCAAGGUAGUUGUUUUCAGUGCAGUGUUUUCAGUGAAGUGUGUGUGCGCGUGUGACACCCUGAAGCAGGCAGAUCACUGAUACCAUUUUAUUUACUGGUCAGAUUACAAGAUUCUGACUUAAAUAAAUGGCUUUUAAUAAAAUGUAACCCUGCUCAAUGUGUUGAUUUCAUAGUACUGUAGGUCCAUAGGCCUCAUCUACAUUGAAGUGUUAUAAAAAUCCAAAUGUUCAACGUGUUAUGCACCCAGAUCUACAGGAGGGCAUGUUGUGAUGACACCAUUUUAGUAGCUACUAUUGCCCAUGGAGUGAAAUAAUGUUCAUCACUUCACACAUAUGUUCAAAAUAAGGAACU